GAGCGCGCGCCGUCGGCAGCGCCGCCGGAAGUGACGAUAAGCAGAGGCGCCGGAGGCUGUGCCAUGGCCCGGGAGGCGGCGGGGCGGCCGCCGGAGGAAACCCUGUUGCUCUGGAAACGGGAGCAAGCCCAGCUGAAGGCCCGCGUCGUGGACCGGGACACGGAGGCGUGGCAGCGGGACCCCGCCUUCUCGGGCCUGCAGAGGGUCGGGGGCGUGGAUGUGUCCUUUGUGAAGGGCGACAGUGUCAACGCUUGUGCCUCCCUGGUGGUGCUCAGCUACCCUGAGCUGGAGGUGGUGUACGAGGACUGCCGGAUGGUCAGCCUGACGGCUCCCUACGUGUCAGGCUUCCUGGCCUUCCGAGAGGCGCCCUUCCUGGUGGACGCAGUGCGGCGGCUGCAGGAGAGGGAGCCUCACCUCAUGCCCCAGGUCCUCCUUGUGGAUGGAAACGGUGUGCUCCACCACCGAGGUGAUCCUGCACUUGAGAGACAGGGCCCCAGAGGCUGUGGGAAAGACACUGGGAUGGAGGUGGUUCUGACCACCCCCGCGGACCCCUGUGCCCUGCGUCAGGACCCACCCAGCUUUGGGGUGGCCUGCCACCUCGGUGUCCUCACAGACCUGCCCUGUGUCGGGGUGGCCAAGAAACUGCUGCAGGUGGAUGGACUGGAGAACAACGCCCUGCACAAGGAGAAGAUACGACUUCUACGAGCUGGGGGAGACACGUUUCCUCUGAUGGGAGGCUCCGGGACCGUCCUGGGCAUGGCCCUGAAGAGCCACGACCACAGCACCAAGCCCCUCUAUGUCUCCGUGGGCCACAAGGUGAGCCUGGAGGCAGCUGUGCGCCUGACCCGAGGCUGCUGCAAGUUCCGGAUUCCAGAGCCUGUGCGGCAGGCCGACAUCCGCUCCCAAGACUACAUCCGCAGGACCCUGGGAGUCCCCAGGGCCCCCACACCAGGACAAGAGAGGAGCCGGAAGGCGCAGAACCCAAGGGGAGUGUGUCCCAAGGGAGGCUCAGAAGAGGCCACAGGUGAAGGCAGGCCUCCCGAGGGCCACAGCACCCAGGAGCCGUGGGACAAGGGCACGGGUGGAGCAAAGCUGGACGCCACGAAGACAGGCUGCCCCACGUCCGCUGUUCGGCAGUAGGCCUGGGGGCUCGUCUGUCAGGCCAGGACCCUGCCCCCAUGGCAGCAGGUGGAGUGCCCAGGCCCUGAGGACAUGCUGGUCACACCACCCAUGGGGACGCCCCGGCCCCUCCACACGCCAGCUUGAUCCCUGGGACCCAGGGCUCCCUAAGGACUCUGGGACCUACUGAGAAGCAUGAUGAAAUUGCAGAGGACCUUGCCAUUCAUCCUGCCUCAAGAAGGAGUCGGUCGUCAUGUUUGCCAGCCUGAGGUGGUCUCUGUGCUCUCUCUGCGCCCCUCUCCGGCCUUUCUCCUUCCCUUCAUGACAGGAAUGGGUGCUCCUCAGGGACUGGGCCCCUGGGAGAAGCAGGGGCACAAGUGAGCAGGGCGGCCACCUCUACCAGCUGGCUUUGGGCACACCUCUGAUGGGGACACCUGUCCCACCUCACCAGACAGGAGUCUUCCUGCGUGGAAUGGGUGCGCUAGGGUCCUUGAGAAGGGAGGUGACGGCGUGUGAAGUGGGGCCACAGGGCCAGGGGUGAAGGAAAAACGGGAGGUGGAGUCCUCUUCUACCAAGCUCCUCACGCCUCCUGGCCCCCAGAAUGCAGGUCCCGGAAGGGCUGGACGGGCAGGACUGUGGCUCCCGGCCCCGCCCCCCACGCUAACAGGAGAGCUUCCCAGGGGUGCUGGGGGCUCGGGCCAUGUCUGCAGCAGCCCCUGCAGGGAGCCCCACCAGUGGCGUGCGGGCUUGGCCACAGCCGCCCACAGGGAUGGGGGUGGGGUCCUGCUUAGAGGCGCUGUUCACAGCCCCCAGAGGUCACCUCAGUGAGGACAGGCAGAGCAGACACGAGUAGUUUCUGUUUUGAGGUUUAAAUCACAUUAACGAAAGUCACCAUGUUUUCAAGUGUACAGUUUAGUGGGUUUUAAUAUAUUCAGAAUCUUGUGCAACCAUCACUACUGUCCAAUUUCAGAACUUUUACUCGUCCCGGUCAGCCAUCACCCCCCAUCCCCACCCGCACCCCGGCCCCCACAGUGGGCUUCUGCCUCGUGGCCGUGCAGACUCGGGCCUCCCCGGAGCAGUCACAUGGUGUGCGACCUGCGGGUCCAGCCUCUCCAGCACUGUUCCCAGGAUUUAUCCGUGUUCUAGCACCUACCAGCACUUUGCUUUUCCUGGCCAAAUAUUGACUCCUUUGUAUGGAUGCACCGCAUUCCGUUUCUCCAGUCGUCCGCGGGAGGGCAUCUGGGUGGUUUCUGUGUGGGGCUGUUAGGAAUAAUGCCGUUCUGAACCCUGAUGCACAGGUUUCUGUGGGAAUGUAUGUUUUCAGUUCUCUUAGCUGUGUGCGUGGAGUGGGUCACUGGUCCUGUGGUAGCUCCGUGCUUACCUUUUGGGAACAGCUGCACUGUUUUCCACUCCAGAUGCACCUUUACAACCACCAGCAAUGCGCAGGUUUCUCCACGCCUUUGUCAACACUUGUUAUCAUCUGUCUUUGACUCUGGCCAUCCUAGUGGGUGUGAAGCGACAUGAUUUGCAUGGCCCUAAUGACAUGCUGAGCACCUUUUCAUGUGCUUAUUGGCCAUUGUACAUCUUCAUGGGAGAGAGAUCUCAAAUCCUUUGCCCUCUUUUAAACUUUAAAAAUUUUUCAGUUACAUAAUAUGCAAAUACAUUCUGCUUUGUGGGUGUUUUCAUACUCUUGGUUGUGUCCUUUGACACCUGCAAGUUCCCCAAUGUGAUGGAGCCACUGUGUCUCUUCAUCUGUUCCUUGUGCUUUGCUGUCUUACGUAGAGACCAUUGCCUGUUCCGAGGUCAUAAAGAUCUCCUUCUAAGAGUUUAAUCGUUUCAGCUCUUGCAUUUAUAUCUUUGACCCAUUUUGAGUUCAUCUUUGUAUAUCCUAUUUGGGGUGCCUUGCAAUUCCAUGAAUUUUAGGACCAGCUUGUCCAUUUCUGCAAAAACAGUUGGAGCUUUGCUGGGGAUCACACUGAUCGAUUUGGGGAGCCCUGCUGUCUUAACUGUCAUGAGUCGAAAUCACCAAAUUCGGGUCUCUCUCUCCUUUUUUAGAUCUUUAGUUUGUUCCAACUGAAAGGAAAGGAGUGACACACAGCAGCAAUUCACCGGAGAAUUCCGCUUUGUUAGGGAAAGGUGCUGGGUUAUAUAGGAAGGGGCAUGGGGUGAUUGAGGUGUCACUUCCACAGAGCUGGUGGCUAUUGGCUAGGUGCUGGGAUUAGGGGGGUGAGGGGUGAUUGGGCUUCAGGUGGCGCCGGUGGGAACCGAGGACCCGGAAAAGAAGCAGGAGGAAGUUCGCCAUCUUAUGGGUGGGGGCCCUUCACCAACAAUGAUUUGAAGUUUCCAGUGUGCAAGUCUUGUAUACCCUUUGUUUACAUUUUGUAUUCUUUUUGAUGCUGUUAUAACUGGAAUUGUUUUAUUAUAAAUUUCAUUGUUGGGUUCAUUGCUAAUGUAUAAGAGUACAAUUGAUUUUGCAUCUUGUAUCCUGUACCUUCUCUGUACUCAUUCAUUAGCUCUGAUGUGUGUCUGUGUGUGUGUGUGUGAUCCUUAGGGUCUUCUACACAUAAGAGCAUGUCAUGUGCAAGUAAAACUUUUCUUUACUUUCUUACUCUCCAGUGUGGAUUCCUUUUCUUUCUUUUCCUUGCCUAUUACCGUGACUGGAACUCCGAGUACAGUGUUGGACAGAAGCGGGGGGAGCAGGCAUCCUUGUCUUCUUCCUGAUCUUAGGGGGAAGUCUCCGUCUUUCGCCACUGAGUAUGAUCCUGGCUGUGGGGUUUUCAGGUGCCCCUUUGUAGGCUGAAGGACGUUCCUUCUGUUCCUAGUUUUUCUGUACUUCUAUGAUGAAAGGUAUUGGGUUUGUCACAAGCUGCUUCUGCUCCGAUUGAAAUGAUCGUUGUUUCUUUGUUCGGCUCGUGUGGCGUAUCACACUGAUUCUGAGCCACUCUUGCUUUUCUGGGAUAAAUCCCACUCGGUCACCGUGUACAAUCCUUUUACUAUGCUGCUCAGUUGGAUUUGCUAGUAUUUUUUUUUUAGGGUUUUUACAUCUACAUUCAUAAGGUAUAUUGGUCUGUAGUUUUCUUGUGACGUCUUUGACUGGCUUUGAUAUCAGGCUAAUACUGGUGUCAUAGAAUAGUUAGCAAGUGCUGUCUCUUCUGUUUUUUGGAAAAGGUUGAGGAGCCCUGCUGUUGAUCCUUGUUUACACCUUUGGUAGAAUCCGUUGGUGAAGCCUUCUCGCUCAUGAUUCUCUUUGUUGGGAGGGUUUACUGAUUGAAUUACAAAUAAAGAGAUUGAAUUACUGAUUCAAUCUCUUUAUUUGUUAAAAGUCUGGGGAGAUUUUCUGUUUCUUCCUCAGUCAGUUGGUAGUCUGUGUGUUUUAGGAAUGUGUCCAUUUCAUCCGGGUUAUCUGGUGUGUCCACACACAGCUGUCAUGGCACUUCCCUUAUUUCUGUAAAGUUGGUGCUAAUGUCCCACUUUCCUUCCCGAUUUUAGUAAUUUGUAUCUUCUUUAUCUGGGUCAGUCUGGUUGUGAGUGUUUUCUAGGAGCCCUCUCCUUACCCCCACGAUGCCCCAGCAGUGACUCUGGCUCCAAGUGGGAGUGAGAAGGCAGAGUGCCCUGCAAGAUUAGAGGGUCAGAGCUCAACCUCCAUCUACCUUAAAGAGCUUCCUGCUCUGCCCAAGCAGACAGGCCCCCGAAGGUGCAGAAACAGAUUAGGGCCCCACUAAAUCCUCAGCUGAGGGCCUGACCUCAGGGGAGCAGUUGAAGACCAGCAAAGGCUGUGUAUUACCCUAGGUGGGCUGAACAGGGGAAGGUGGGGAGGUUAGCCUGGCAUAGAUGGCUGGGGGUGGCAUGGGGCCUGAGUCUUAAAGAAAUAGGAGUUUUGGCUACAGCCUCAAGGAAGAAAACCCUCAGUAGUGUGUGGGUGCCUUGGGCCCUCUGCCCUGGCUGGUGGCCGCACCAAGGCACCAGCCCAAAUCGGAGAUGCAACAAAGAGGUGGUGUGUUUCGGUGGCUUGCCAAGAGCCCAGGGCUUCUGGGAGGGCAUCAGGCUUGAGAGUGGGGUGCAGGGGUCAGGGUGGGCUGGACUGGGAGGGUCAUGUGGAGGGACAGGGCACAGAAGCAACUGGAAGGGACUAUAGUGGGGACCUGCCAGCCGGGGUCAUUGUGGGAGACCCAGAAGGCAGCGGGGGUGGGGUGGGGGUGAGGCUGCGGGGUAGAACAUCCCUUCCCCCAGCCCCACCUCAUGCCCAGGGCUCUACCCUGCUCCUUCCUCCUGGUACAGAAGGGCAAGCAGGGCCCAUAAGUGCUGUCACGUCUUGGCCCCUUCGCACAGAACCUUAGAAAUAGGGCUGAAAUGAUGUCCUUCACCGCAGACCACAGCCUGCCCCAGAGCCAAGAAUAAGCCUUGAACCACUCAAUAAUUCAAGGCAGACCCAAAUAGAUGUUCCUAUUAGCCUGGCCGCCUCUGCUCCCCUUCCCCAGGCCCCCACCCUGCCCAGCGGCUGCGAGUGAGAGGCUCCCAAGAUGGGGGUUGGUCUGGCCAAGGUUGGUCACACCCAGGCACCUCAGGACUCCCACCUUGGGGACCCCAGCCUCUCUGCUCCCCAUCUUCUGGCCACAGGCAUUGUUCCUGGGAUCCUGACCCUCCAGGGCCCUCGGGCCAGCCUGGGCGCCAGGGAAGCCAAUCCCGGAUUCAGACCCCAGUCACUUGUGCAUUCCCGCCCCUCCAGCUGUGUUCCUGACUCAUGGAAGGGGCUUCCCCUGAGGCUCCAUGGCCUACAGGGGGCAGCCCAAGGGCUCUGCACUGGCUGGAGGCGGGGGACCCUGCCCCACGGCCCACCGCCCCAGGUUUGGCCCCCGCAGCAGUCCCUGCUGCCCUGCUCCGGCCAGGCCCGGCGUGGAGUUCUACCAGGUUAAUUACAGGCACCAGCUUGCGGCAGCGCUGACAUCCAGAUGAAUGGCAAGCUGGGUAAUUAGGCGAGGUGUCGCGGGAAUGAUGGAGCACGGCCCACUAUCCCCAGUUCACCUCCCUGGGAAGCAAGAGCAACCUCCCCAGUUCUCUACCACCAUGGGUAGCUGUGGGGGCCGCAUGGGGAGUGCAGGCCAGAGGCCCAGGGCCCGGCUGCUGCUCAUGGACAGGGCUGGGCCCCCUCUGUCCCGUUCCCACCCAACGGGGAGCAGACUGAGAAAGAAGGCAGGGGAGGUGAGAGGUGGGCUACUGGAGGAAGAUGCCCUCCAAGACAGGCCAGCAGACCUGAAGCAGCUCCGAGAGGGCGACAGAGGGAGGGCCAGACUGAGGGCACGGGGGGUCCUGCCCUGGAAGAGGAGGCGCUCCCUGGGGAGAGUUGGAAGCAGGAGGCAGGCUGGAGUGUUUCUGCUUUUUAGUAACUUGAAUUUCACCUGUGUUUUCAAGUCAGUCAUGAAAGCACAUCGUUUUAACAGUGGAGUAGUUACAUAGAUUUGUCACAAAGAACCAGCGGCCCAUCACCUGUCCCUCUCUUUUCCUGAUCGCCCCUUCCGUUUGUUCCUUUUUUGUCAGAUUUAGAAAUUAUCCAUCGACUUUCUGCUGUUGGGGUUUUUUUUCUCUCCUAUACGGCCCCUCCCCUACACUCCACCUGCCCACCCACACUCACUCUCACACUCACAUUCUUUUCCUUGAACCCAUUCCCUCACUGGUUGAAUCAGAUUCAAUGUUUGCAUUAUUUCUUUGCAUACACUGCCCACAGCUGCUAACAUACUGUAAUUAUAUCUCCUUUCUUAUACAACCUCUUGUUUUUCCUGGACUUAAUGAUUGCCUCAUGUUUUGAGUUUGAUUUAUUUUCUAUGUACCUAUUACUUAUUUAUCCCCAAGGCCUGCAGUGGAAAUACAGACCUCUUUGAAGA